AAACUGUAUAUAUUGACUGGAUUACUGCUUUGCCUGUUGCGGCAGAAAGUCGGGCAGAGUCAUGGAGCUGUUGUGCUUCCUACUGUUGGCUGUAGGCCUAACCGUCGAAGGUACACUCUUGUGGACACAUAAAGAGUUUGACCCAAUUAACUACCGCAAUGGUAUGCAUGCACUAACCUCCAACGACUACGAUCAUGGAUCUGGUUCCGUAGUCACUGACCCCGACGGAGGAAGCAACCACGUCUUGAGAGUCUGGUACGAGAAGGGCCGGUACAGUAGCCACGGCCCAAAUGAAGGGGUCCAGUUCUUUGCAACACCGACUGCAGAUCACAGCAUCAUGACCUUCAGUUAUGAUGUCUUCUUUGACAAGAACUUUGACUUCAGACGAGGAGGUAAACUUCCGGGGCUUUUUGGCGGAUGGACCAACUGCUCUGGCGGAAGACACUCCGACAACUGUUUCUCGACUAGGUUCAUGUGGAGGGCGGACGGAGAUGGAGAAGUGUAUGCCUAUAUUCAAGAUCACACUCAUCAGGUCCAUGACUUCUGUGACGAUGCAGUCUGUAACUCGAUAAAAGGGUAUUCUCUUGGACGAGGAAAGUGGAGGUUCAAGCGCGGUGCAUGGCAGAACAUUGCUCAGUCAGUUAAAAUCAACACUCCUGGGAAGACAGAUGGGGUUAUCAAGGUGUGGUACGAAGGUAAACAGGUGUUCCAGAUCGACCAACUCAACAUUCGGGCCUUAGCUAGCGUUGACAUCGAUGGAAUAUUCUUCUCAACUUUCUUCGGUGGCCGUGACAGCUCUUGGGCUCCAACCCAUGACUGCUACUCCUACUUCAAGAACUUUGCCCUAUCCACCGACUCUGGCAGCCCUACUAUUCUAGGAUGAUGGAUUCAUGUACACAAAGCCAUCAUGUAUUUAAAUGGUUCAAUAAAAGUUGACCUGCUCUCA